AUGUCUCAUCCUUCUUUUUUCAACUACUGCCAUUUGGUUCAACCCCUCUCUCUUCGUUAGUCUUUCUUCCUCUUUCCAAGUGUUUUCCUUUCUUCUUUCCCUUCUUCUUUGUCUAUCCUUUUUUUUAGCUUUAUCACACACCCAAAGAUUUGCUCACACAUAUGACAAAAAUGGCACCUUCCAUUCCCUUCUCUGUCUUAUUUAUCCUUCUUCUCCAGUUUCCCUUCCAAACCAUCACAGCCAACUCCGAAGGGAAUGCUCUUCAUGUUUUUAGGAACAGUCUUUCUGACCCCAACAAUGUGCUUCAGAGCUGGGACCCAACAUUGGUUAAUCCAUGUACUUGGUUUCAUGUUACAUGUGACUCCAACAACCGUGUGUCACGCUUAGACUUGGGUAAUGCUGGUCUUUCUGGAUCUCUAGGCUCAGAGCUUGGCCACCUACACCAUUUGCAGUAUCUGGAGUUGUAUGGGAAUGACUUGAGAGGAAAGAUUCCUAAGGAACUUGGAAAAUUGAAAGAACUUAUUAGCAUGGAUUUGUAUUAUAACAAGUUGGAGGGGAAAAUCCCAAAGUCAUUUGGCAAGUUGAAGUCAUUAAGAUUCUUGCGGCUGAACAACAACAACUUGACAGGAUCUAUCCCAAGAGAACUCACUCGUCUCACUCAUCUCGAAGUCUUUGAUGUUUCUAAUAAUGACCUUUGUGGAACAAUACCAGUAGAUGGCAACUUUGGAUCCUUCCCAAUAAAAAGUUUUGAAAAUAACAGACUCAGUGGUCCGGAACUGAAAGGACUUGUUCCGUAUGAUUUUGGAUGUUGAAGAAAGAAAGAAUUUGCUCAUCAUCUUAACAGACAGCAAUGAAGCAACUUAGUUUACCUAUGAAGGAGAAUUAGAAAUAGUGGUUUUAUAUCCACUAUUUCAUCACUAUGUUUACUAUAUCGAUUAUGAAAAUAAAAAUCUGAGAGAGUAAGUUGCAAUAUAUGUUUUUCUUGUUUUUUUUCUUUCUAAAAGGAAGUGAUUUUAAGAAUGGUGAAAAAAAAAUCAAUCGUAUGUAUGAUGAGUAUUUAUAUCUUGCUGUUGCAAGUAGCAUGUAAAACUUAGUUUAAAAAUUCAGCUAGUGUUCAUUCCAAGGUGUAUAUGGCAAGGUAAUCUCAAUAAUAUAUGAUUGUUGCGCUCGGCAUUUUUUGUUU